AUGCCGUCAUUUUCCUUACCGCGGGGUUCCUGGCUGCUGCUAUUCGCAGUGUGCCUCAUCCUGCUUCCCGGUCAAGCCUCAGCCUUUGGCGCCGGAAAUAUCCCCUCCAUCUCUCAGGUUGAAGGUCACAAUUGGCGUCAUGGAGAUAUCGAAGAUAUUCUCGAGACCAUCGCGUUUCUUCACGGCAAGAAAUGGACUUCCAUGUUAAUUAAGCGCACCUACUUUGGCAAUUGGCUGCGAGACUACUCCCAGGCUGUCGACGUCGGCAGUCUGAAGGGCGUCAAUGCCGCAACCAUUCGUAUCUUGGUUUGGGUCAUGUCCUUCAUGGCCUUUGGCUAUGCUACCGAGGAAUUUGAAGUGACCGAAGAGCGUCUGGGUGUCUAUCGCCCAGAGGAACACAUCGACAACCCCCUCGGCUACGGAGACGGCCUCGAUGCCCGUACCUUCGAUCCUCGACUUCGCGGUCCUGUUGAACCAAUCGAGACGGAGAUCGAUCCUCGAACAGGAAUGAAGAACUACAUUGCCAACGAGAGUGGCCAGUGGGCAACUAGCACCAGUUAUCUCCGUUACAGCUUCGCUAGAUCCAUCCACUUUGGUCGACUCUACACCAGCGGCUCCAAACAGGGGCGGGAAGAGGACCUCUGUGAAGCCCUUCGAUGCUUGGGACAAGCUCUGCACUGCAUGGAGGAUUUCAGUGCCCAUAGCAACUAUUGCGAGCUUGCCCUGCGCGAGCUUGGCUACAACUCCGUCUUUACUCAUUGUGGAACAAGGACCGAGAUCAAUCUCAACGGCAAGCACGUCUACCCUCUCGUCACUGGCACUUUCGGAGCCGUAGAUUUCCUGCACUCCGUCAUUGGAGAAGCGACAGACGCCUUCACCCAGGCUGAAGUCGAUGAGGUCGACAUCGCCCUCAAGAACGCCGAAGGCUCUUCCGGCGGCGCCUCUUCUUCCCGAGGCUUCUUCGGAUUCUCCGCACCAACCAACUUCAUCUCUCUAGUCGGCAACCUGCCCGGUGUCGGCGACGGAUUCGCUUCUCAGGCAAGGAGCCUUCAGGCUGCUUCUGAAGCUCAGGAACGGCAGAACAACCGCCAAGCGAGCCGCGACCUUAGCCGCGACAAUGCGAACGUUGUUCCUGGUAUGAGCCCCAACUUUGACCCCGUCAAGGUAUCAGGCCAAAUCUACCCCAUCCUCGAGUUCCGAGACAAGGUCGUCAAGGCCAUCAGCCGGGGCAUCGCCAAGGUUCCCGGUCUAGAGAGCCUUCUGGAGAAAAUCAGUGAGACUCUGACGGCCUUUAUCCUCGGCCUCCUCGCCCCUUUCAUCAGGCCCAUCAUUACACAAGUCUCCAAGGCCUUGAAGGAUGGCUCUUCCGGCGUGAUCACCGCCAGUGCCAAGUCUCAGUUGGAGCCCUGGGAGAACCCUCGAUGCUCUGAUCCAACUCACUCCAUGCUGUCCAAGGACCACUUCACAAAUAUCCUGAACUCGUGUGCUGGUCGCAUCGCCGCCACGAUUCUUCAAUACGUUGUCCCUCGAAUUCUCUAUGCUUGGGAGAACCCGUCGGUCCCCGUUGACGAAGUCGUCAACGAUGUGAUCCGCGCAUUUCACCACCCGGCUGCUCGAAGCAACAAUAUUGAGAUCCAGCGUGACAUGUACGCCACUGUCAAGAAGUGGGCCGACGAGCACCCUCGCCGCCACGAGCUCGCCCACCUCCUCUCCUCCGAGUCUGUCAAGAACCACAAGAACCACAUCCUUAAAUCGGGUGACAAGCGAAGUGUCGACGCUGGUGGCGCUUGUGGUCAUUCCCACACCAGCUUUGGCGGUCAUGGCAAGGUUGCUGGCGGGCUGUGGUCUCAGAUCAGCACCCGCGACCUCAGUGCCAUGGAGGGCAAGGACGGCGACCCUUCCUCGGGAUACCUAUCAAGCAAGCCCGCGCCUCCCAGCAACGCGUCCUUCGAAUACGGCCAAAACCCUUCGUAUGGUUCUUCUGACGGCGGCUACUCGCAACAAGGCCCCUCCCAAGGCGGGCACAACGCUCCUCCACAGCAGUCCCAAUACGGUGGCUACGGCGGCCGUCCCCAAGGCCCACCUCAAGGUUACGGUGCGCCCUCGCCCGGACAAUGGGCCCCCCAGGGACCUCCUCCUCCUCAACAGUACGGCGGGCCGGGAUACGGAGGACCAGGAUAUGGAGGCCCAGAAUAUGGAGCCCCUCCUCCCCAGAGUCCUCCGUAUGGGCAGCAGUCGUAUGGACAACAGCCUCCGUAUGGACAACAACCUCCGUAUGGACAACAGCCUCCAUAUGGGCAGCAGCCUCCAUACGGACAGCAGCCUCCAUACGGGCAACAGCCCCCAUACGGGCAACAACCUCCCAACCAGGAUCCCCCGUCCUGGAACCAGUAUCCUGGCCAGGGACGCCGAUACUAA